CCAUUAAAGCUAUAUAAAGAAGCCAGGCUUCUUAGUUUCAAUUAUUGUAACUUGCAAGUAGUCUCGAGUGGUUUGGAAGAAGAAAUGGCAAGUAUGGUAUCUAUUGAGCUUCAGAAAGAGUUGAGAGAUACUAGUGAUACUGAGGUUCUCCUUCCUCGCGACGAAGAAUCUGAACGUACAACAAUCUCGAAUUUCUUCCAUAAUCUUGUCUUAGAUGCACUCAUUCGUGAACUCGGAUCGUUAUGUUCUCGUUUUAUCCCAUCCAUAGACAACGACGAAGACGACCUGAGGAUCAGAUACCGAAAUGAGCGGAUUCAAUUUAUCCGCCAAUUUCCUUCUAAACUACCAGGUUUGAAAGCCAUGGAAGUUCAGAAAUUGCAGCUUCACCAAAAUCAGAAACUCAACAGCCUUGGGGAUGCCGUGAUCAAAUCAAGAAAUUGGUACUGGGCUGAGGAAUUUGAACAUAUGGAAAGUGAUGAUGAUUUUCCAAAAGAUUUUGUACCGCCGACGCUGUUCGAUGGUUGCUUCACACUCUUGCGCCUUCCUGCUAGGACUUACAAGAUUGUUUUGCAGACUUCAAAAGGAUUACUCACCUUUGAGUAUAAUCCGAACAUUCACAAUUUGUUGUACGUGGAUGUCAUGAAAUCUGGCGGUUUCGCCACUCCGGGCAGUCGACACAUUCCGGCAAAUUGUGGGAAUAUAGAUACAGAAAUUGAAGAAAUGCUUCGAGAAGCUGGAGCUUUGAGUGCCAAAGAUCUCCGCAAUCAUGACAAUGACCGUGAUGCUGUUUACGAUUUUGACAUUCAUGAUGAUGCUGUUUAUGAUUUUGGAGGGGGGUGCGCAGAGCCAUCACAUAAUUCAAUCAACGCCAUCAUCAAAACCAAAAGAGUGUAUCUAUAUGGUGUGUUGUUACUGAUGGCCUCAAUCGUCGCAAAAAUAACUUACCAAACAGCAUUUAGUGUCCUUGGUGGCACUCUCAGAGAGCGCUAUUCAUAUAGUUAUGCAGAGAAUGGCACCCUCCAAGUGAAAAACCGCGAUUCAAUUGUAACAGGGUCUUUUAUGCUGUUCAACUCCACCGCGUUUGUUGCGUCAGUGGCUAUGAUUAUUUUCCUCUUACAUGAAUUCCCACUGAAACCAUGGCCCCAAAUCACGGUGUCCACACUGUUUGGAUCUUAUAUGUAUUUGAUAAUGGCAACAUCACCGCGUGAAGCCUUGUCACUCCUCUUCCUAGCAAGUCCAUUUCUACUAUUGGCAGCUGCAGGAAAAUUGCGUGGCUUUGCUAGGCCAGGGUCCUAAUGAAGAAUUACCGAAUUUUUUUUUUUUUUUUUUUAAUUAAAUUACCCCAAAAUAGGUCCUAAUGAAGUAGUCUCAAAGUGAAAAGGUCAGUAUUUUCUAAAUUUAACAGUGUUACAAGUUAUGUUUUCCCUUCUUGCAGUUACAUAGUAUGUGAAACUAUGCCCUACAAAUUAAAGCCAAGAAUGUGUGUACUCCUUGGAGUCAACUAAUAUGUAAAACUAUGUCAAGUAAGUGUUUGAACAUGUUUUGUAAUAAAGGGUGUCAGAUGCCCCCAGUGUUCUGUUUCA